AUGGACAAUCCAGUCGCCUCCAAUAUCUUGGGAACCGCCGGGGCAGUUCUCUGGUCCAUCCAGCUGCUGCCCCAGAUCAUCAAGAAUUACCGCAACCACAGCACGCAGGGCCUCCAUCCCCUCAUGUACCUCUCCUGGGCGGCUGCCGGCAUCCCUCUCGGCACAUACAACGUGGUCCAGAACCUCAACAUCGCCCUCCAGGUCCAGCCCCACAUCCUCAUCUUCCUCAGCCUCGUCACCUGGGCCCAGAUCAAGCACUACAGCGAUCAAUGGCCGCUUUUCAAGAUCAUCGUCGGCGUAGUGGCGUCCGGCGUGGGCAUCGGAGGCGUCGAGGCCGGUCUGUACUUCGCCCUGCGGCUGGCCCGGGACAGGCACAUCGAGUGGCCGAUGACGUUCAUGGCCGUCCUGGCGGCCGUGCUGCUGUGCGUGGGUGUCGUUCGCUACUACGUGGAGAUAUAUAGAUCUCGAUCCGUGCAGGGGAUAUCCUUCAUGUUUGUGUUCCUCGAUGCCAUGGGAGAUCUCGUCUCCAUUCUGGCGUUGGUCUUUGCCCCUCGCCUCGAUGCUGUGGGCAUGGUCAUGUACGCGGCUGAGCUUGCGCUCUGGAUAGGGAUUGGGAUCUUGGGCUUGCACUACAGGUUCCGGGUAUGGGUAAUGAAGAAGUUGGAACAUGAGACGAAAUCGACUUCACCGGAGUCGGGGUUGGAGUCUACUGAGGGGACGGCUGAAGGAGAGCACAUAUCUCCAGACCAGAAGAAUAUCGGAGCGUAG